AAUCUCCCUAACGACGCCUAUAAGUAACCCCCAAACCCUAAAUUUCGAAUUUUCAGAUCGCGUGUUUGUGUUAGUUUUUGGGUGCCGUAUUCUUUCCCUUCUUUCGGAGAUUUUGUUGAUUGAGGUUUGUGAAACCGAGUAAUGGCUCGUACGAAGCAGACAGCCCGUAAAUCAACGGGAGGAAAGGCUCCAAGGAAGCAGCUUGCAACCAAGGCUGCAAGAAAGUCCGCUCCAACAACAGGUGGUGUCAAGAAGCCUCACCGUUAUCGCCCUGGGACUGUUGCUCUUAGGGAAAUUCGAAAGUAUCAGAAGAGCACUGAACUCCUUAUCCGUAAACUCCCUUUCCAGCGGCUUGUUCGUGAGAUAGCCCAAGACUUCAAGACUGAUCUUCGUUUCCAGAGUCAUGCGGUUCUUGCUCUCCAAGAAGCUGCUGAGGCUUAUCUGGUUGGGCUCUUUGAGGAUACUAACCUUUGCGCCAUUCAUGCCAAGAGAGUAACCAUCAUGCCCAAGGAUAUCCAGCUUGCUAGGCGUAUUCGUGGGGAGCGGGCUUAGGUUCUCUCCUCUCUAAUUUGACUCCUCACCCUUCAGUUUUUAUUUUUAAUUUUGGAUAUGGAAGGAACUUUAGGCAAUGGACCUUUUGGGGGUUAAAGUUAGAUUGGAUUGAAAGGUGUAUAUAUAGAUAGGCCCUUCUCUUGGUGUUUUUGUAAUUGAUGGUCAUGCCUUCGAACCACAAACUCUGUGGGGAAAGAACUUGUAUCUGGUAGUUGCUUUCUCUUUUUGAUUUAGACUGAACGCACCUGUAUGCGGUAAAUCUUUCUUAUUUGGAUUUUGUGAUGUUAUACUUUUUCAAUCUCUUAUAGUUUAUUGGUUUAUUUGGAUGUAUUUCUUAUU